GGCUUAAUCCAAUUCCACCAGAACUAUGGCUUCUUCCAGAUUUUGUACAACUCCAUCCGAGCCAUUAUUGGGCUCAUACUCGUGCAGCAUACCUCCCAAUGGGGUACUGUUAUGGGCGCAGAUUGAGUGCCGAAAUUACUCCACUAAUUAAGAAACUUAGGCAGGAAUUAUAUAUUCAGCCUUUUGAGACAAUUAAUUGGUCUAAAGCUCGAAACAACAUUGCUAUGGUUGAUCUUUAUGUUCCGCAUACUAAAUUAUUAAAGUUAUGCAAUUAUAUGUUAAAUAUUUAUGAAAAAAUUCCUAACUUCCUUGGACUUCGAGAAAUUUCUAUUCAAGAGUGUUACGAAUUAAUUAAACUUGAAAAUGAAAAUACAGAUUAUCUUAAUAUUGGUCCUAUGGCCAAACUCUUGCAUGUGCUUUGUACUUACUACGAGGAAGGGCCUAAUUCUGAGGCAUUCAAACUGCACAAAGAAAGAUUAAUUGAUUAUAUGUGGUUGGGUUCGGAAGGAAUGAUGAUGUGUGUUACGAAUGGCACUCAAAAUUGGGAUACUGGACUUACAGUUCUUGCAGUAAUUGAAACAGGACUUGCAGAUGAUCCAUUAAAUUAUCAGUCAAUGAUACAUGCACUUGAGUUUUUAGAUGAUACACAAAUAAAAAAAAAUCCUAAAGAUUCUAAAAGAUGUUAUCGGGAUAACACACUAGGCACUUGGGGUUUUAGUACUCGUGAUCAUGGAUAUAAUGUUUCUGAUUGUUCUGGUUUAGGUCUCGAGGCUGUACUUAAUCUUCAAAACAAACUUAGUUACACACCAAAAUUAGUAUCUAAGGAACGACUUUGUCAAACCAUUGACAUAUUAUUAACUAUGCAAAAUUCUGAUGGUGGGUUCGCGAGUUAUGAGCGUAUUAGAGGUUCAAAAAUUCUGGAAUGGUUAAAUCCUGCAGAACUUUUUAGCAAUAUAAUGAUUGAAUAUAAUUACCCAGAAUGUACAUCUAGUGUUUUAAAUGCAUUACAUACUUUCCGAAAAUGGUAUCCAGAUUACAGGGCUACUGAAAUAGAACAAAUCACUAAAAGAGCAAUUCAAUACCUAUAUAAUUCUCAAGAUAAAAAUGGUGGUUGGUAUGGAUCUUGGGCAAUUUGUUUCACGUAUGCUACUGCGUUUGUUAUACAAUGUCUGAAAAAUUAUGGAGAAACAUACGAAAAUAGCCUGGUAGUUAAAAAAGGAUGUGACUUUUUAAUUUCUAAACAAAAAGAAGAUGGUGGUUGGGGUGAAUCCUAUAAAUCAUGUAAUACAGAAACUUAUAUACAUCAUGAAAACUCACAAGUUGUAAACACAGCUUUUGCAUUACUUGCUUUAAUGGCAGGUAAAUACCCAAAUGAGGAGCCUAUUCGACGUGGUAUCCAGCUUAUUGUAUCACGACAAUUACCAACUGGAGAAUGGAAACCAGAAUCUAUAGAAGGAAUAUUUGGUAAAAAUGCUGCAGUUUGUUACCCAAGUUAUAAAUUUAUUUUUACUAUUUGGGCAUUAGGCAUAUACGCCAAAAUUUAUAACAAUCCUAUAAUUUUUUAA